CUGUUGACACCUUUCAAGCAUGCACCAGACUCCUGCAGAUUUUGAGCCACGAGUACACACGCGCGCGCCCCCUUUCUCCUCGCUUUUCUUCCCUUAUUCUUAUUUCCUUCUUCUUCUUGUACCUGCGACAGUGAGAGAGAGACCACGAGAGACAGAGCAGAGGAGAGAGAGAGAGAGAACCGACCGAGACGAUGAGACUCACCGGGAGAGAAGAAGAGAAAGAGACCGGUGGUAAUUACAUAUGAGUUCAUUCCAGAUGGCCGGGUUCUUUUAAGUGGAAGGCAGAAAACCUCCCUAGAGCGAUAGAGCAUAGAUCGGAUUCGAUCAUUUUGUAUGAAGUACAGUGGCAGCACCUUGGUUGGUUCCCUAGCAUGCUCAAGUUUUUGUUCCCCUUAUAUUUCAAAACGGGGGCGUGACAUGACGUGAAAGACCGAUAAAAAAAAAUGGACGGAAUCUAGACGGAAGUACUAAGUGAAUAUUUCAUUAAUGACAUCUACCAUUUAUGAUACUUUUUGAAACCGAAGUGACUUUUUGAUUUUGACCGUUACCAACUUACCAUACAUACCAAUUAGGUAUUUAACCCUAUUAGUUAAAAAAAAUAAUAAUAAUAAUAAAAAAAAAUUGACAUACUGGAUCAUCGUAUUCAAUGGGACUGAGCUGAAACCGCAGCAAUGGAAAGCGUAGAUUCACCAACUCCUGCUUGUUCUCCUUCUGAUUCAAAACCACCACCAAGCCCUAACCCUAGCUCUAUCCCUUCGCCAUUACCUCCAUCAGCGACCAGGCUAUGGAGGCCUGCCGCUCAGCGAAACCUCCGAAACCAGUGGUCCAAAUUGGCUUCUCAAAGGCAACAAUGGGCUUCUGCUUCUUCUAGUGGAAAGUCUCACGCCAACUCUCUCGUCAAUGCCUAUCUCUCUCAGAGAUACAUGCCUUCAAUGGAGCUGGGUGUUCUAAGUGAUAUGGCUGAUAUAAGAAAGAAAGCCUGUCGAAAAUUGUUUAAGCAACAGGAAAUUUAUCGGAGCAAAGUUCUAUCAUCAUACAAAGACAUGGUGGCUGCUGUAACACAAAUGCUCAACACUAGUCAAUCCAUGAGAUGUUUUCUCAAAGGGACAAGUAAUAGUACACUUGUACAAUUUUCUGGUUCUUCUGAAGACCAGAAUGACACUGGAGAUGGUGGUGGAAUCCCAGUCUUUGCAUUUUGGUCAAUCUCUUCUCAUGAGAAUUUGGCAGAAGAGCUUGUUCAGAUGUUCAAAAUGGAACUAAUGUUGAAGAGGUUGCUAGUACUGGAGUUUCUGUCUAUUAGUUGUGAAGUUCCUCAAGUGAAUGGGUUCCAUUGGUCGGAUCAGCUUUAUCCAGGAGAAUUUGAUCAUUUGAGAGCGUGCAGCUUGUUUUCUGAAGAAACUUGUGAACCUGUCCCACCAAAAUUGAUGGAUUGGAAAUCUGAUACUCCUGUUGUAGGAUGUAACAACCAGCCAAACCAUGAGGUUUUGCAGGUUUAUCUAACAACAUGGCUUGCAGAGGGGAACAUAAAUACUCAUAGGGUAGAUGAGAUAUUUGCUGUAAUACAGGAGGAAAUGCAUGUCAGUUUCAGAUAACAUACUCUACUGGCAAGAAAAUUAUUGGAUUAAAUUUUUUUCAGAAACCAAGGAUCCUCUUGCAUUAGCAAGAAGUGAAGGUGGACGUUAGCAAAAUUAGUAGCAAGAGAAGGAGAAGUAUCAAACCCCAUUGAGUUGUCUCCAAGUCAAUUUUUGAGUGUAAUCAUUUUAUUGUAUUGCAGCAGUGUUUAUAGAAUUAUUGUCUUCUUUUCUUCAUUCUCUGUGUUGUUACCCCUGAAAUACAUCUUGUGAAUUAAUGUAAGUAGUCAGUCGGUGAUCAUUUGAAGUUGGAAAACUUGGGAGAUGGUUCUCAUUUGUGAUUGGCCACGAGGGAUGAUACUGUUAUCUUUGGUUCCCAUCUUCAGAAGCCACCUCUUGCGGUCAAUUUUUCUGCUUUUAGCCCAUGAUACAGAGGAUCAGACUAUAUUUUUUUUUUUUUGUCCGUUUCUUAAUUAUUCUUAUUUUCAGCACGGCAGCCUAUUUCCUCUUGCGUUUUUAUUUUCUUGUAACCCUUGUUCCUCCUUUGAUUAAAAGAAAAAAAAUAAAGAGCCUUUAAUGUUAUCCAAGGAUCCUCACUUCAUGUGAGUUCCAGCA